AAAAUAAAAUGGGGAACAUUUCUUAAUUGGAAAGAAGAAGGCAAGGGUUUUGUUCAAAGCGGAAGGGAAGUGUCGCCGGAGUUAUUUUUAGCAUCACCAUCCUCAACUUGCUUCAUCUCCAUCGCGUUAACCUCGAAGCUCUUCGGCAGAUUCAAGAAUGGCGAAAGCCGCUCCCGAUUCACAGAGUAACAGAGCAGCAGUGCAGGCCACCAACGACGAUGCAUCUGCAAGUAAACUAUCAUGUGUUAGAAAGGGAUAUAUGAAAGACGAUUACAUACACCUUUUUGUACGAAAGCCUGUCAAGAGAUCUCCAAUUAUUAACCGAGGCUAUUUUGCCCGGUGGGCUGCGCUGAGGAAGCUCCUCUUUCAAUUCCUCAAUGUUGGAAGCAAUACAGAGGAGCACACAAAGAAGCAGAUAUUGUCGCUUGGAGCUGGAUUUGACACAAUGUACUUCCAAUUGCAGAAUGAGGGUAAUGCACCACAUUUAUAUGUGGAAUUGGACUUUUUGGAGGUGACCAGUAAGAAAGCUGCAAUAAUUGAAUCCUGUAGUCAGUUGAGAGAAAAAAUCAGUGGAACUGUAUCUAUAUCCCUGGAAAAAGGAGAAGUCCAUAGUGAUCAUUACAAGCUACUCCCUGUUGACCUGCGUGAAACCAAUCAGUUAAAUGAUGUAUUGGUUCUUGCUGGUAUGGAUCCCAGUUUGCCGACAUUUAUAAUUGCAGAAUGCGUUUUAAUAUACUUGGAUCCAGAUUCGAGUCAGGCUAUUGUUGGUUGGGCAUCAAAAGCAUUUUCAACAGCAAUAUUUUUCUUAUAUGAGCAGAUUCAUCCAGAUGAUGCCUUUGGCCAGCAAAUGAUCAGAAAUUUAGAGAGUCGAGGCUGUGCUUUGUUAGGUAUCAAUGCUACACCAUCAUUACUUGCAAAGAAAAAUCUUUUUCUCGAUCAAGGAUGGCAGACAGCUGCUGCAUGGGACAUGCUGAAAGUGUAUCGUAACUUGAUCGAAGCUCAGGAAAGACGAAGGAUUGAACGGCUGGAGUUAUUUGAUGAAUUUGAGGAGUGGCACAUGAUGCAGGAGCAUUAUUGCGUGGCUUAUGCUAUCAAUGAUUCCCUGGGGCUUUUUGGGAAUUUCGGCUUCCCCCAGGACCAGCACGUGCUUGACCCCCCCCUCUCACCAGCAUGAGAUGUAAAGAACACCUAGCUGCUGCCUGCUGCCUGCUGCCUGCUGCUACUAUUGACUUGACUCUUCCAAGAUUUGUUGAAGAAUUUAAUACUUGGGAGUAGAACGUGCUCUUCACACGUGCCAUUACCUACACAAGCUGGGGAGAUUAUUUGCCAGGCUAAAAGAUGAAAAAGGUAUUUAUUCUAAAGGACUUGACUCUUGUAACUCUCUAUAACAAACUAUUAUGAUAUGAGCCUCAAUUCCUCCUGGAAAUUGCAUCUAUUCAUAUUUGUUUGUGUUUAAGUUGGUGUAAGUUUGAGAUUGAAAUUAAUCUUUUUCUUUCUUUCCACCCUCUUGUGCUUGAUUGUGUUAAGCCAGCUGUCUGGCAAAUAGAACAUGGUGGGUCCCAUUAGUUGAAGAAUGUAGUAAUUGCCUAUUUUGACUUGUGGGGACUAAUAACCAUGUGCCAUACAUAAUUUAAUUUGCAUUGUUGGCCCCUUUGCUUUAUUACUCCACCAUUCUCUCUCUCUCUCUAGUUUUGUUGAGGGAUUUGAUCAUCAUCAAACAAAUGGGUGCUACAAUAUCACAUUUGUUUAUA